CAAGCCAGCAAGCAAGGAGGAUGCUGUGGACAGGGCGCGCCGUCUCAGCGCAGCCGUGGGUUCGCGGAUAUGCAGUGUCGGUGGCCCCGUCGCUGAUCUACGAAGGGAAGACAGUCCCGCGUCGCUAUGGAGAGCGGAAGUCGUUCUUGUACAACAAGUACACCCGCAUGCUCAAGGCAAGCGGACAAGCACCCAUGAUAUUCCUCCAACACAAAGAAUUCAACGCGCGCAAACUGCAGCUCUUAAGGAGAGAGAUCGAGGUCGCCAACUCCAAGUUUGGUGCUCCCUCUGCCCUCCUCACACCGCAGGCUACACAGACACCUGUCGUUGCACCGCCAAAAUUGACCAUCAUGCGCACGUCCAUCUUCGGAAUUGCUCUCCGCGACCAUGUUCCUCUGGACGCGCAGGCCACAGAACAGGUAGCAGGACUCGUGCAGGGCGGUUUCGCGGUGUUGACCCUACCAUCUCUGAACCCUCCACAACUCAAUGCUAUUAUCCGCGCCAUGGAUCAUGCAGUGCCGCGUAAGAAAGCUGUUCUGGAGGUUGCUGGAAACGCGAAAAAUCGCAAAGACGACGAUGCGGACUUCAUCCCCGGAAGACCACGACCGCGGAUAAAACCUGACCUAACACCCGAGCUCAAAGUUAUGGGUGCUCUUAUCGAAGGACGGGUCUUCACUGCUCCGACAGUCAGGGAUGUCGCUCAACUGCCAACGCUGGACACUCUGCGUGCCCAGAUCGUCGGACUGCUAAGUUCACCGGCCAUGCAACUAGCAGCCAUUCUUAGCGAAGCAAGUGGAGGGAAGCUGGCGAGGAUGUUGGAGGGCUUGAAAAAGGGACUAGAGGAAAGCCAAGGAACGGAAACGGGCACCCUGUCAUGACACCUGGAUCGUUCACCUAUUAUACACUACCUACGACAUAUAGAUGGGCAUCUUUCGAGGACCAGUAAUCUAAUCCUGCAAGCAGAGCUCCCAUGUCUGAUCUUCUCCUCCUGCUCCAGUUGUUCCCUGGCCAUGAGCUCUGUCCCCUUUCGUCAUGCGAUGUU